UUCUUUCUCACAUGCGUCUCCCCUCCUGAUGUCGCAACUCCAUUCACCGGCGAGAGAAUUGAUUAACAUUCAUUGGGAGUCUUUGGAGAGAGCGAGAGAAAGGGAGCGAGAAGAAGGCGCGAGGGGAAAGGGUGGCUCGCUGAUUAUUCCAGUCCCAGCGACAUAGAAAGUUGGGACACAAUCGAACGCAGAAUGGCUAUUUUAUAACUGGGGUCCUUGGUGACGUAUGGCUGAACGUUUCCUGGCACAGAUCUUUAUGGACCAGUAAGCAGAGCGAAAUUGAAGCUGACAAGACUUUUUGCAUUUUGGAAAGGACUGUAAUCUACUGUAGUGAAGAACAGAGCCACUCAAUCACUGCAGCUGUAAAUAAGAGACGGAAGGGAGUAAGAAAGGAGGCAAAGAGAAAAAGUGUUUGCUGGGGGGGGAGGGGGGAAAGCAUUUUUGGUGGAUGGUAUGAAGCCAGCCAUGGAAACUGCAGCGGAGGAAAAUGCAGAACAAAGCCAAGAGAAAAAAGUGAUCACCAGACCAGAAAUGGAAAUUGGCAGGUACCACUGGAUGUACAGGAGUUCAAGGCCACACCGGUACCAUCAUGUGCCAGCAUUGAGAGGCAGUAUUAGUCCUUUGGGGAUUCAAGGUUGCUUUGAAUGUUGCAUUAAGUGCCUGGGAGGGGUUCCGUAUGCCUCGCUGGUGGCCACCAUCCUCUGCUUCUCGGGGGUAGCGUUGUUCUGCGGCUGUGGCCACGUGGCGCUCACGGGAACUGUGUCCAUCCUCGAACAGCACUUCUCCACAAAUGCCAGUGACCAUGCUUUGCUGAGUGAAGUAAUACAGCUAAUGCAGUAUGUAAUUUAUGGCAUUGCAUCAUUUUUCUUCUUAUAUGGAAUAAUCCUUUUGGCAGAAGGUUUUUACACAACAAGUGCUGUGAAGGAGCUGCAUGGAGAGUUCAAAACGACAGCCUGCGGCCGCUGCAUCAGUGGGAUGUUUGUUUUCCUCACCUAUGUGCUGGGAGUGGCCUGGCUCGGGGUCUUUGGCUUCUCUGCUGUGCCUGUCUUUAUGUUCUAUAACAUAUGGUCAACUUGCGAAGUCAUCAAAUCGCUUCAGACGAAUAUGACAGUUCCAGGGGACCAGAUCUGCGUGGAUAUCAGGCAAUACGGUAUCAUCCCUUGGAACGCUGUACCGGGCAGGGCGUGUGGUCCAAUUUUAGAAAACAUCUGCAACACGAAUGAGUUCUACAUGUCUUAUCACCUGUUCAUUGUGGCCUGUGCUGGAGCUGGUGCCACUGUCAUAGCAUUGCUGAUCUACAUGAUGGCUACUACAUAUAACUAUGCUGUUUUGAAGUUUAAGAGUCGGGAAGAUUGCUGCACUAAAUUCUAAAUUGUAUAAGCCCAGUAAAGAGCUGCAUUGCGUAGCUUCAAAUACCACUGACACCCUAGGCUAAAAGUCUAGCUUUUUGAAUUUUGUUACAGUAAUUGUAAAUAGCUUCAGUAAGCAUCAUUUAGCUUAUGAGAUUAAUACAAUGACUUCUUGUAUAUGAACUAUGAUGUGGAUGAGAUCUGGCUAUUUGUUCCUGUUGAGAGGAUUCAGUUACUGUAGGGGUGUUAUAAAUCAUCCUUCUGAAGAUGGGAUAUUUUCAUUUAAAGUCUCCCAUUAUUUUCUAACAGUCCCCUCUGAAACAAAUACUGGAACAGUUCAGGGUCAGAGUUACUACUAUGUUCUUCAUCCUCCUGAACACCAGCUACAAAAAGCUGUGAGCAUAUGGUAUGAAAAGAGUAAUCACGUAGUACCAAUAUCUUUUGGCAGAAACCAAAGCCCAGGUAUUGUGAAUUAGGCCUGUAUUUUCAGGGUGUGGAUGAUAAAACUGAUUUUUUUUUAAAAUUUAAUUUCCAAGUGAUUGCCAAAUCAUGCUCUCUCUGGAAGAAAAUAUAACCUUGUACUAGCUCUGCGUAAAACAAUCACAAUCUUUCUUUUGGACCCCAAACUAAUAAGAAACUGUGUUUAGAUAACUACUGUUUUUUGUAUGGUUUGCACUUUAGUAACUGAUUUCUCAGUAGCCAGAUCUCAAAAAUUUAAGUAUGAUUACAGGGGAAGCAAAACCAUGCAUAGAUCAUAGUGACAUUUUUACACUGUUGAAAAAGGAGAGGCGAAUCAGUGUUUUCAGAUGUAGAUUUUUUUUUUUUUUGCAUGAAGUACGCUAAAAAGAAGUUGGAAAGAAAGAGAUGUAUUCACUUCACAAACUAGGGAAAAAAAACCCAGAGAACAACAAAAAAAAAUCAAUUUCUAUACAUGGUAUAAAACUUAAAGUUAGACAAUGGGAGGUUAAAAUGUAGUCAAAAAAAAUACAUUUUUAAGACUUCUUAACCCAGAGAUUGCAUGCUUUUGCUUAGUUUUGGACUCACAUUUUGUUGCUUAAUUUUUCAAUGUUAAUGUAGUUUUGUUCACGUAAAUAAAACUUUACAAUUUUAGUCUUUUUCCAAGGAGGGGAGAGGGGGCAGCAUUCUCAUCUGCUUGUUGAGGAAAAAAAGAUUUACCAGAAUCUGUGCCUGUAUAUACAUAAACACCACAACCUUAGAAAGAAGUUCUUCUGAGCACCUUUUCAUUUACAGAUUAUAUAAAUUGCCACGUAUGAAACUUUUUUCCUGCUUUCCCCCCGUUCUGCAUUUUAAUUGAUCAGUAAAACUCUUUAGCUCAUUUAAUUACUUAUACUAACUUUCUCUAAAUUUUAAGUAACCAACUUAAAUAUUAGCAUGCAAAAUUCUAGAGAUCAUUGAAAAUAGCCUCUGUGCUUGUUUUAAUAACAGAACGCUUAUUAACGUAGAAUAACUUUUUGGUUAUUGUUUUGAAGAGCGUCUAUUAAUCUAACUAGCAGCUUGCUUUGCCUCUUGACAUGCUCACUAGCCAUCAUGCUCACCCUUCUCUUCCAGAUCCACUUCCUCAUGAUACUGUCCUCUAACUGGGCCUACUUAAAGGAUGCAAGCAAAAUGCAGGCCUACCAAGAUAUCAAAGCAAAAGAAGAGCAGGAGCUUCAGGAUAUCCAGUCUCGGUCAAAAGAGCAACUCAAUUCUUACACAUAAAUGUUGUCACAGUAAUUCAACAGAAGAAUUCUGUAGCUCUGACAAAUCAACAAAUAGCUGCUCUGCAGUACAGAUGUGUGUCUACCAAACAAAAUAAUCGGAAGUGUAAAAGCUUCAAAGUCAAGCUCCUGGAAACAUGGUCACAGGGAAAUCUUCCCGUGGGUAAUCUUCCAUCCCUUAACACAGAGAAUGGAGGUUUUAUUCCAGGCAUUUUAAAAGGCAACACUUCACAAGUGACCAAAUUAUUCUUCUUUAAGACUUUUGGUAUUUAAUAUUUGACGUGUACUACAGCAUGAAUUCCUGCACAAAAGUGGCAGGUGCUCCAAACCAGCAAGUAGUAGAUCUUUGUACAGACCCUGGACGAAGGCACAUGUACAAUGUGUGAUUUAGCAUCUCAAUUUAUAUACCAAAUGAAACUGUGGCCUAGCUAAGAUUUAAUUGCUUGUGCUCAUUUGACAGCACAGUUGCAGCAUUUCCUUAGGUUAAGUUAAAACAGGGCAGUCUUUGAACACUCUUUAAAUGGGCCACAGGAUUAACCAUCUACUUUUGUGCCACACUUUUUUUUAUGAAGAAGCAGUCACUGUACUGUGCUUACAUGAGUGUUGAACAGGUGUCCCAAUUUUUAAUCUUUUUAUUAACUAUUUAAUGGAAUGUAGAUCCUUGGAUCUGGAUAAUGAUCUCCUUCUUUGAAAAUAAAUGUCAGCUUUGCCUUAAUAUUUAUUUUCUAUAAAUGUCUUAGCAUUUAUAUAGCAGCAGGAGACCAUUAUCCUACAUUUUAAGUGAAAAGUGUUACCUUAUUAAAAUGACACCUAUGGGACUACUCCAAAUGAGCGGAGAGGUAAUUUUGCAGAGUUUUACACAAACAGUUUAAAAAAAAAAAAAAAAAGUUACAGCCAUAAAGCAGAAUACAGGAUGUCCACCUUUCUCUAUCUUGGUGCUUAGCAAAUUUAUAGUCAGUGCUUAUGUGUUUUCCUUUUUACAAAUUAACUAGCACAUUAAGAAAACGUGGUGUUCAGAAAAAAAAAAAAAUGGUGCCAUUUUAAAGUCAUACCCCAUAGAAGUCUGCCUUCUAACUACUGGGUUUUUUUUUCAGAAGCAUUCAGUGAUAUCUUGAGUAUUAGUGAUGGUAUACUUGGUGUUUGUUCUAUAUGAUAUAUCUAUAAAUGUUGGGGGAAAAGUAAAAUACAUCAGUCAUUUGAAAAUUAAAUAUUCAAGUCAUACCCAUGUUAAGCUGACGUGUGGUUUGAUAGUUUUGACUGUUUGCUGAAUAUAAAUAAAAGGAAGCACAAGUUUCUUCAAGUCAGUAUUAAAUGAAAAGGCAUUUUGGGGGGUUAUUAACUUCAAAUAUAAUUUUUUUGGUAAAUAUUGAAGUCUAAUUUGACAGUUUCAAAAAAAGGGGCAAAGUUGAUCAACGUAGAGCAAAUAUGACAAAAUAGCCUAGUUUAUGUUCUUACCUGUUGCAUGAAGGAGACAUUUCUACAGCAAUGCAGGUGAUGUUCUAGCCCAGUGUUUGCAUAAGGGUAAUAACGGAGGCAGUGUCUUAAAGCCUAAUUCUUUUCUAAUUCAGUGUAGCUAUUACUGGGAGUUUUUGAAGUUUUGUUUAAGUAGUCUAAUAUUUUUAUGUAAAGAGCAUUAAAUUUUGCUAUGUAUAAAUUUUUGUAACCUAACAGUGAAUCAAUAUUUUCUAUCAGUGCCAAGGGCUUCCUGUAGUUACAUCCAAGUGUUAAAAUAAAUAUUUGUAGAUAAUAGACAACACUUGUGUAUGCUUAUUUGAAAACAGACUUACAGCUACUCUAUACUGGUGCAUCUCUAUGCUCUACAUCUCUGUCUUAAGUUAAACACAUUUUGUUUAGUAUUAUCCGUUUGAUAAUGUACUGGGAAAGGAUGCCCUGUAGGUGUAUGUUUCAGUAUGGGUAAGCCAGCUAAAGGUUUUUCUAGCUUUGUUUUGAUAGUUGCUCCAGGCCAGCAUAAUACAACAAGCACUAUUCAUCCUAUUCUUGACAUCAAACAGAAUGAGCCUCUCAGAAAUCUUGUAAAAUCCAAAUUUGCUGCAACACUAAAUUCAGCAGCUUGUAAAACUGGACUAGCCACCAAAUCACUCUAUCUUAAUUUAAAAAAAGCAAGGUUUAUUUCUGUCACAUUUUUGGUACAUAGCAUUUCAAUAUCCAAUGAAUUCAAGAUGGAGCUUCAGUUUUUGCCCCUAAAUUCUGUCAAACUUGGCUUCAUAUUCUUGUACUUAGGUCAGGAUGAGCAGCCUCAAAUGCAGUGUGAGUUGUACUAUAUGCUGCCAACCGAAAUUACUUCAUUGAUUGGAAAUACUGUAUUUUAUAUUGUAAAUAAAGUUUAAUGAUCUUGCUUAUAAUCUACCUACAAAAUACAAAGCUUAAAUAAAGAUGGGUUAAAUAGCA